AUGGUCUCUGACGUGGGUACAAGUAUCGCUUCGUCCAAGGUGGCGCUUCCAGCUGAAGCUAAGCGCCAGCCGCGCCAGCCGAAGACCUUGACUCGCGCUCAGCUAGCGGAGCGCAUCGCCAAUGGGGAGACGCUCGUCUUGCACCGACGAAAGAUCUACAAGCUGGACAAAUGGCUCUCGAGACACCCUGGUGGUGAGCUCGCUAUCCUGCACUUUGUCGGGCGGGACGCUACGGACGAGAUCGAAGCCUACCAUUCCGAAGACACCAUCUCGCGCCUUAUGUCUCGCUACGUGAUUGGUCACCUCGACGAGGCGGACUGGCACAACUACCGACCGCUGGUGCCACCAGUACAGCUGGGCUAUCGCAAGGGCAGGUUGGAUCAUCCACAUGCUCAGGUAGCAAUGUGGCGCCACCGCAACACUCCAUCCACUUCUGCGGUCAGCUCCGACCGAGACAGCCAAGAGCCAGAGCUGUCUUCAGACUCGACCGAUGAGGCCUUGGUCGAAGGAAUGCUUUCCGAUACGUCGGAGCAGACCCGACCGUCACGCUCCUCACCGUCUGAGUCACGGCGUAAGAGCGCCGUCAAGCCCGCCGCCCCGUCCACUCUGAUCGUUGAAAGGCCCAACGGGUUCCCCUUGCCAGUCGAUCUACUGGAACCGCCACCUGUCCCCGAGUCGGUCGAUCCGAUCCGCGAGCACCAGAUCUCGGAAGCCUACAAGAAACUGCAUCAGCAGGUCAAAGACGCAGGUCUAUACACCCUCAAACCCGUGGGAUAUGCGCGAGAAGUGGCGCGAUACCUUUUGCUCGGGUCCAUCGCUUUCGCCUUGUGGUCAUGCGGACAAUCUCAGCUACGACUCGAGCAGUCGGCCACUUCGGCUGCCUCUUCGGCAUCUUCCGCAUGGUCAUUCAGCGCUUCCACCACAUCAUUCUUGCUAUCCAGCUUCUUCCUUGGGCUCUUCUGGCAUCAGCUCACCUUCUCAGCGCAUGACUCGGGCCACAGCGGCAUCACCCACUCCUGGCAGUGGGACCGUAUCAUCGGCACCACCAUCGCCGACUUCAUUGGCGGUCUCAGCAUCGGCUGGUGGUGCGACAACCACGACGUCCAUCACCUCGUCACCAACCAUCCCGAGCACGACCCCGAUAUCCAGCACAUGCCCUUUUUUGCCAUCUCGCCCCAAUUCGUUCUGGCUGGCCAGACUACCAUCAUCAAUGCAAACGACAGCAACGACGCAUCCGCCAAACCACUGGGACUCUGGUCCUCCUACUACCGCCGCGUGCUCGAAUUCGACGCACCCAGCCGCUUCCUUCUCAAGCAUCAGCACAAGCUCUACUACAUCGUCAUGGCCUUUGGUCGCUUCAAUCUAUAUGCCAACUCGUAUGGCUUCCUCGCCACCAAGGCGCGUCGAGACCGCUGGUGGGCACUCGAGCUUGUUGGUCUCGCCACCUUCUGGACUUGGUACGGCUACGGGCUGCUCGGCUCUCUUCCUUCGUGGCCCGUCCGCAUCGGCUACCUUCUCAUCUCGCACAUCGUCACUUCGCCGCUGCACGUCCAGAUUGUGCUGUCUCACUUUGCCCAGUCGUGCGACGAUCUGGGGCUGAGCGAGAGCUUUGCUUCACGCCAAAUUAGGACCACCAUGGAUGUCGAUUGUCCGACAUGGCUCGACUUCGUGCACGGUGGAUUGCACAUGCAGGUUUCGCACCACCUCUUCCCGCGCGUGCCGAGACACAACCUCAGAGAGGUGCGCGACCGCUUCGUCGUGCCCUUUGCCAAGAAGUGGGGGCUCGAGUAUCAUGAGUACAGCUUCACAAAGGGCAACGGAAGGGUGUUGGCAACGCUCAAAAGAGUAGCCGAUCAGGUUCACAUUCUUGGCAAGGUGGCGCAGGCGCAAGCGAAGGGCGAGCUCCAACACUAA